GUUAUUAGAAAUUAUGAAAAACUACUAUUGUUACCUGCAUUACAAUGUGCUUUUGUGUCCGGCUUAUUUUCACUUCUUUUUUCUUUUUUAGUAAGCAUUCGAUUAACGCGGUAUUAAAUACUUAGGCUACCGGAUGUUCUCGUUGAUAUUAAAAUUCACAUCGCUUGUAUGUUGAUUAAUUGAGCAAACUCAAAUUAGAAUUAGACCAUACAUUUUGUUUCAUGCUCUCUUGUUAACACAACCCAUUAUUUUGACUCAUUUCGACCGGAUAUCCGGUCGAGCACAUAACGUGCUAUUGCUAACGGCUGAUAUUAACAAAUUCAUUUCUAAUAGAAAUUUAUAAUUGCCACUCGCCUGAACAAAAUUUGAAUUCGUUCAUAUCUCGUGUAUUAGGAAUAUGUGACAAAUAACAGCGAGAAUCUUCCGUCUCCAUUUAGUGGUAUUUACUGCAAUGUGAUGAAGAAGGACACCUCUCGAAAUCGAUUUAUGCGGUGCUCCGAUUGGCUGGCCGAGUGACGGGCGCGGAAGCGCGCGCAUCCGGACCGGAGGCCGUCAUGGCGCCACUGGUCGCGCCGAAUACAAAAUGGCGGCGCGAAAAGAAACGCGAGUCUCAAGGGAGAGGUGGCAGCAAUCGAGGUGCGAAAAUCGAGCCUUGAGAUCUCACACGGCCACGAAAUCGAGAGGAAAAUGAGCGGAGUAACGACGAUGUACUCGGUCAAGCCGAUAUUCUCUCUGUCGGAGCCGAUGGUCCGGUCCCCGUGCAUGUACACCGUACGCAAUAUUCACUUGCAGCCGGAGCAGGCCAGCCAUGCGGAUCCCGAAAGCAGGAUAGUGUCGAGUAUCACUCAGCAGGUUGUCAGCUUUCUGCAGAGUCCUCUUCCCGAAGUAUCGAUGUUGGAAGCGAGGCAAGAAAAGAUCUUGAAGCAACUGGCGCAGCUGAAGGAGCAAGUGUCCGUCCUUCACAAUGUUUUGAAACAUUCCAGCAAAGAAAAGGAAUCUUUGACGCCAGUGUCCGAUGUUAAAGUGCAGGUGCCAGUUCACGUGGAUCUUAUUAUAAAUGCAAAUCUGUCGAGACCUCCGUUCUGUUUGCUGGGUCUGCAGUCCAUCUGGAAAGACACCACUUUCAAAUUGUCUUCCUACGUUCACUCCUCAUUUGCUGGGAUUAUCCCUGAUUUUCUAUUAGUCGAAAAGGAGGUGUCACUUGGGAACACUGUAAACGUGUCCUUGAUAUGGAAGGAAGUCAACGAUUUAGAGGUAUUACCUUCAGGAUUGCCGAUUCAUUUGUUCCUGGGUGAAGUGAAUGCGCUGAGGUUUUUGUGCAGAAGUUUCACAGCGCAUAAUUACGAAGCAUUAUUAAAUCCAGUAGAGUCGAGCAGGAUCGAUUCCAUUUUAGACUCGUGCAGUAGUCUUGUCCAUAGUGAAUCUACAACGGAUAUGCAAGUAAUAUUAGCGAAGCUAAACGACGAAUUGAAGAAAAAUCAAUGGUUAUCCGGUAAAAAAGAACCCAACGUCGCAGACGUGGCAGUCUGGUCAGUGAUAAAACAGACUUCUCUAAAGAAGUUGCCAUCCAAUCUGACCGCUUGGCACAAAAGAUGUGACAAAACAUUUAUGUUUACUUGAAUGUUAUUAUUCUUGUAAUUUUAUAUGAAUAGAAUAUGUAGGAAAGGAGAUAUUUAUUUUUAUUUUAUAAAAUUGAGAUGUAACGUAGCCAAAAAGAAGAAAUAACUGCGCCUAGUUUAAGUCAGAAUUGUAGAUUUUAAUUUACAAGCAUAACUCGCACUCUCGUAGAAACAGAUAGUAUAAAUGGAUAAGAAUUCUCAAUGACACUUCGUUACGCUAUUAUAUUCCAGACGCUAGUCUAAUGUAAAUCACUCAAAAAUUGAUCUAAAACAAGUAUUGGCAGUGCUCCUCGAAAGAGAAGUGAAACCAUCUCGCGCAGUCGUUCACCGUAAUCAAUUAAUGCAGUUCGGGACGUAAUUAAUUUUGCCCUCGACUAUUACAUAGUCAAAAGUUAUUCCUUCAUUUUACUACACCGGUCGCCAACGGCGGAGUGUUUAAGCUCCCGGCAACAUCCUUUGCGGCUAGAAAGUCGAGAACGAAAGGCCGAUGAGAGAUGCAAUUUAAAAAUUACGAAGUAGAUACACAAAACGCGACUCUUCGGUUCUCGACUUUCGGGAGCUCGAGCUCUGGCGCGCCUUUAGCGCGGUGAAAUCGUUAAAUAUAAAUACUUAAACAUCAGCCUUUUUUUCUAUUAUCUUAGACGCGUCCUAGAGAGUACAUGUGGAGUAUAAAAUCGUAUCGACGUUAAUAACAGCUGUGCCGUUCGCGUCGAAAGGCAAAGCGACAUGAAUUUCGUACAGCGGAAGUGAUUACUUGAUUGGCUUGCCUUACAAUUGCAGAAAUCGCAAUCACAGCCCUCGUCACUUAUUACAAUUCGCGUGACAACAGAGGCAACGCGACUUAUGGAAAAUAGGAGGAAUGACGUUGCGGGAUCUUCUUUUUUUUUUUUGCCUGGUCUAGCUGCGAAUGACAAAACGUAAAUUGACAAUUAGCUCCUCAGUGUACGCGAUUUUCGAUUCACCGAGAGUUGCGCACCGAGUAUCUAUACGGCAAUGGCCACCUUAAAAAGGAAACGCUCUUCCUUUUUACAUACCUAUAACUGGGCGCGAGAGAAGUCGAAGAGCUUAUUUCUAAAAUCUAGUUAAUUGAUAAUGUAAAUACAAUCUGUAGCUAGAAGGCAAAGCGGUACUCAUUUUCUAGUUAUUCCUAAGAAUUAUUUCGCUGGAUUGAAAAACAUGCUUUCGAUGGAUCUGUAAUUAAUCUAUAUCGAGGUCAGGAAAACCCAGAUUUCAUUUUUGGAGGUUUCGUGCCUGAAAUUUAAACUUUUACUAUUUAACAAAACGUGGGUGAAGCUCAAUGCUGUGUGUAUGUAUAUAUUUUUUAAGAUGAGAGCGGGUGAUGUAUCGAGAUGAAAUGGUCAUUAAUUGUAUAACGUUCUUGAAUUACUCCCUUAUUGCACAUUGCGUUAAGAUAUUAUUUAUAUUUAAAUUGUAAUGACUCAGAACGGGAACGUAGUUAAUUUAAUUUAGUAUUUAAAUAUCAAACGUUUGGUGGGCAUAUAUAUUCGCGGUAUCACUGAAUGCAAGAAAGUUAUUGCCGACUUAAAAUUGAAUAUUUUGUACCCUGCAUACUUAACUAGCUUAAUCCUCAACGUAAUUCGGUAGAUCAUUAAGGCCACCAUUUUAACUAGGCUUUUGACACGAGACAUUAAUUAUUGUGACGUAACGUAUAAACGGUUCAACAACGCGUCCCUUUCUUUAAA